AUGAAUCGCUUAACGCGGAAGAUUUCCAGCAAGUCAUUGUCGGAGCGAGAGGACAGAGGGAGGAGUGAAGGGCAGCAGAAUGCGAUCACGGCGGAGCGUGCUCAGAGCGAGACUAAAUCUUCGCUAUUGAAUAGACUUAGAAAGAGCAGUCGGUCCAGAGAGAAAGAGAGGGAGGAUCAGAAGUUAGCCGGCGACGCUUCCAGUUCGCCCGAGGCAAGGAAACCACCCGCAGAAGGGGUGGUGGGCCAAGUCUCUAAGUCCAAGGUUGCAGAAGAGGAAGUACCGCCGACCAGCAGACAUGAUGCACCCAAGCAGGAGAAGCAUUCUACAGAGUUCGAGAGCAGCGAUCCAGCGCCGCGGAAGGAGAUCUCAUCUGUUCCCUCCGACAGUUGUGGAGCUCACCACCACAGAAGCCAUCACAAAAAAGACGGCCUCACGAAGGAAGACGUCGAACAGCUCUUUUCUGGAGCCCCGCAAUUCGUCCUCGAAAAAGGCCGAAGGGGGCGUUACUUCCCACAAGCCUUCUUCCCCUGGAACAACGACCUGGAGACCUCCGACCUCCAAGAUCGAAGGUACAUCAAGCACGAAAGCUUCGCGCUCGCCACACUGCACGCGCACCUGCCUAUCCCCGACGAAGUCAAUUGGAAGCCAGGCCUGGCGAUGCCGACCAAGCGCGAAGGCCUAGAUAUCGGUAAGCGGCCCAUGUUCGAGCUGGGCAUCUUCGAAAGGCCGAACAUGCUCGGCCUGGAGGGUCGGGAACCGGGGACCAUUGGCAUGCGCUAUUUCCUCGAACGCCCCGUGGCCGACGGCAUGGCCGACGAGAAGAUCAAAGAGCACGGCAAGGACGUGGAGAUUGAAAUGGCCAUCGCCAAUACGCCUGCAAUGGAAGCCUUCAAAUUGCUCGCCCUCAGCAAGGACAAUGACGAGCUGAAUGCGAAGAUAGGCAAGCACGCUCCUGUGGUCGAGCGAGCGAGACUCAUCCGCGAAGGACCACACUCGUGGAAAGCCGUGGGAGUAAGAGAGAUCAGCAUCGAGACACUGGCGGAUAGGAUGGACACCAUCAGCACGCUGCGCGACCAGGUGCUUGUCGCAGGAUGGCGAGAAACAGUGCUGAACCGCAUGGAUUCCGCGGAGCUAUACACCCAUCUGUUCACCGAACUACUCUACCCUCCCCGCAAAAUUCCGACGGAAGCGAAACACGACAAGGCAUCUUUGAAGAUCCAGAUCGAGGCCUUGGUCAAGGUCCUCACCACGCCUGGAGCCUGGCUGGAUCUGAGCGCACCCGAGGCGAGACUGCGCUUCGGCAAAAUCUUGCACAGCCGGUCGACGCGGUAUGACGGUGCGACGGGAAUGUUCGUCAUCGACCCUGAGCGGAAAUGGCUGCUCAUCCAACUACUUCUAUCCGUGGAACUGGUCAUCCGGCUGGAUGCUGCUCUGAGAUUGGGUGUGGCUCUGCACGCAGAGAACUUCGAAGUCAGCAGCGAAGAGAUACAUCAUUUCAACAGGCUUCGCAAUCUGAAGGUCGACUGGGAUCUGGUGGCAGCCAGACGCUACUUGUUCCUUUCCUACGUCAAGAGGACCGAGAAGAAGAGACUUCCGCAGUCACUGCAGCACGAACAACCUGUUACUUCCACGCAGCCGUCUUCAGCCGCACACGAGCAGCACCAUGGCGGCCUUUUUGGUGGACUGAAACACGCCAUCGGCCUGGACACCUCAGCAGAGUCUGCCACACCACGUCAUCAUGCGCUCGACACCUCCGAUGUUGUCGUGAUGCCACGUCAAGCUGCCGUCAUGGUGGAUGGCCUAGUUCGUUUUGCGAACAACAUAGACUGGCCACGGACCGAGGAGCUGCAGGAGUCAUUGCGCCAGAAGCUGUGCACGCCAAAUGCAGAGGACAGGGAGAGGCUGCUCAUGGACGCCAUCAUGUGCUCGGACGACACCGCCCUAGAGCCCAAGCCACAUAACCUGACCAGUCCACUCGCUUCAUUCAGUGUCGACCUCCAUCCUGCCACUUCCGGUACUGUUGGCGGCUGGCUCUCGCACAGCUGGCUAUCUGGCCUCAUUAUGCCAGGGACCUCCAUCUGCGAUAUCCUCAUAUCGACGUUGCUGGAAAACGACCCUGAUCCACAAACGCUUCGCGAUCUCGGCUCCACCAGCUUCCCACUACGCGGAUCAGGAUUCAUCCUCAACGGGUCCUCAUGGUGGUCCAAAUCCAGCAUCGUGGGCCGCGUGAUGGCUCCGAUGCGUGGCGCAAAGGAAUCAAUGGGCUGGAUUUUCACGCCCAAUUUCGUGCCCCUGGAUGAGAACACGCUACAGCCGAUAUCGAGUCGGUGGGUCAAGAUCAAAUCAUUCCCAGUCCCGACAGAUCGAGCGAAGCCGAGGAUCUUCGACGGCGACAAACUCGCCGAGGAUUCCACGCCACUGGGCAAAGGCAAGGGGGGCAUUAUGGCGAGCGAGUUCUCCAUGGUCACAGACCACGUCUUCGACAGUACGCGGACAUUCGAAGUGCAAGUCAAGGACAUCAAGAUCCACCUGUCCUCAGCCGACCUCACUCAAGCGUCUGCCGAAAAUCCAGUCGCAGCGUGGGCCCAGUUUGACCUGACACUCACACAAGGCACAGACAAUUCUAUCGUCACCUCUACGGCCAUACAGGCACGAUACAGCCUCAACCGCGCCGUGUACUUUGUGACGGCGCACCCGUGUCGUCUCCCACACGGCCACGCCACCUUCCAACCGGGCACUCUGGACUUCGAACACGAGCAACAGCAAAAACACCCCCACCACAAGCCCGGCGUGGCCGAACACAUCCCAGCGCACCCGCUGCACAAGACCUACAAGUUUACGGUCAAGUCGCUGGCGGAUCUGGUGCAGGAUCCGGACAUUGAGCCCCCGAACCCGACGAACCACGAUGACCCGGUCUGGAUCGUCGACGCGAGGGGCCAUCCCUCGCACCCACCGCUGGGGUCCACCCCGUCGACCGCGUCCACCAGCAGUACCUUGGAAGGCGCCAUGUCUUACACUGACAAUAAUACGGACAAGGACGCGAACACGGGCAUCGGCGUGGCGAUGAGUUCCCCGUCAGUCAACAACAAUAACAACAAUAACAACAAUAACAACAAGACCCCAUACUCCGCAACGCACGACCCGGCUAGCCUGGAGAAGUGGCUGUACGGCUCUACGGACCCGCAACUAUGGGAAAAGGACAUUCUGGUAAGGGCAUGGUGUGCCGAGAAGGGCAGGAACGCGAUCAUCGCGCGCAGCGGCAGGACGUGUUUGAGCUGUGCGAUCCGCGAGGCGAGGGCGUUGGAGGUGGCUCUCGUGGUGAGGGUGGGGAUUCGGGAGUCGUGA